AUGUAUUUUUCCACCACUGCCGAGGCUAGAAAGAAGGCUACCUACAACGGUGACUUGGAUGCUCAGUUUGCCGACGAAGCCAAGGAUGGCGGCGGGAAAUUUGGAAGGAUGAUGAAUACGUAUGGGCCGACCUUUCUGUGGACCUACCUUUCUGUGUACGCAUUGACGUUGGGGGGAUUGUAUGUUGGAGUGGAAUCGGGAAUGUUGGAUCCGGUCACCCUGCUGGGCUACAUCAAUGGCAGCAAUGAUGAAGUUGGCAGUACUGCAGAAGCUUUGGCCGAAUUGAUGAAGCAAUAUACCCUCACCGAGCCAUUUGUAGACACGGUCCAGGAGAAACCACAUUUGGCUAACUUGGCGAUUGCCUGGAUCACUACCAAGUUUACGGAACCAAUAAGGCUUGGCACUUCGGCGGCCGUUGUUCCUGUGGUUGCCAGGCAUUUCGGAGUAGUGCCCAAUGCCGGUAGCAGCGAUGGUGAGAAAGGUGAAGAAGGAAGAGAAGAAUCUGUGACAGAAGAAAGCACGGACCAGGCUGCUUCAUCAAAAGAAAACCUGUCAGAGAAAGCAGGAGCCAAACUCGGCGAGAAGAAACUCUAG